AUGCAAAGUGUGUGGAUCCCGGAUGCCGAGCAGGUGUUUGUUCAAGCAGAAUUUGUGGGCGAGAAAACAGUGAGAAACAAACAAAACAAAGAUGAGAAGUGGGCAGUUGUGCGGCGAGAUGGGCGUGAACAGGAAAUUCCAGCUGGCCAAGUUUUCGCCGUUAACCCGGGCACGUUCGAUCGCAUCGAUGACAUGUCCGAGCUGACGCACCUCAACGAGCCCUCGGUCUUGCAUAACCUUGAGAAUAGGUACGCAGACGAUAACAUCUACACGUACUCAGGUCUCUUCCUUGUUGCAAUUAAUCCCUAUAGCAAUAUUCGCAUUUACACACAGGACUACAUCAGCCUCUACCACGGAUCGCCCAAAGAAGACAACAAACCACACAUUUUCGCGGUCGCCGAGGAAGCCUAUCAGAAUUUACUCAGCCAGCGCAGGGAUCAGUCAAUCCUGGUUACUGGUGAGUCUGGAGCAGGGAAAACUGAGAACACCAAAAAAAUACUGCAGUAUCUCGCCUCAAUUACCUCGGAGGACAAGCUAUCUCCAGACACAUCGCACGAGAGUUUUGAGCGUAAAAUCCUACAGAGCAACCCCAUUUUAGAGUCAUUUGGUAACGCACAAACUGUACGAAACAACAAUUCCUCAAGAUUUGGAAAGUUCAUCAAAAUUGAGUUCGAUGAGCUGGGCAAAAUCAACGGUGCGCACGUCGAUUGGUACCUUUUGGAAAAAUCGAGGAUUAUUCAACAAAGUCCAAGAGAGCGUAAUUACCAUAUCUUUUAUCAAAUGCUUUCUGGUAUGUCUGCUCAAGAUUUGCGCAAAUACGGCUUGGAAUCAAACUCAAUCAAAGACUACGGCUUCCUGCGCAACUCGAACUCAAGUAUUCCGGGAGUCGACGAUACACAAGACUUUCACACCCUUCUAACAUCUUUCAAUGUUGUUGGUUUUACUGGUAUUGAGGUUCAGGCCGUGAUGACAUGCAUAGCAAUUAUUCUGCAUAUUGGAAAUAUUGAGUUCGUAUCUGAGCGAGCUGAGCAAGCAUCAAUAAGUGGCAGCGUCGAGGUUCUUUGUAAGUUGUUGGGCGUCACGGAGGUUGACUUCAAAGUUGCAGUAUUAAGGCCGAAGGCAAAGGCGGGCAAAGAUUGGGUGUCGCAGUCAAAGAACGCGCUUCAAGCGCGCUUUAUUCUAAAUUCCCUUUCCAGAUCACUGUAUGAGAACUUGUUCGCACAUAUCGUCCAGAAGAUCAACAGCAAUUUGGACCACGGCUCUAUGACGGAGAACUACAUUGGUCUCCUUGACAUUGCUGGCUUUGAAAUUUUCAAACACAAUUCUUUUGAGCAGCUCUGUAUAAACUAUACCAACGAGAAGCUGCAACAGUUUUUCAACCACCACAUGUUUGUCCUGGAACAAAACGAAUAUCUGAAAGAGAACGUCCAAUGGAAUUUUGUCGAUUAUGGUAAAGAUUUGCAGUCUACCAUAGAUCUUAUCGAGAAGAAGGACCAAAACCCAGGCGUUUUGCCCUUGCUUGACGAGGAGUCGAUUCUGCCAAAGUCCACGGACGAGUCAUUCUAUUCGAAGUUGGAUACAUUUUGCAACGAUAAAUCCUCAAAAUUUAAGCGGUCAAAGAAAGACAAGUGUUUUAUUUUGAAGCAUUAUGCAGGAGAUGUUGAAUAUAACGUGGAAGGAUGGCUGUCAAAAAACAAAGAUCCACUUCACGAGAAUCUCCUGCAGGUCUUAUCAAGCUCAGAGAAUGAUCUAAUAAAACAAUUCUAUCACGACAAAGACUCCCGAGGCGGUUCUUUUAAAACGACAUCAAUUAGGCACAGAAGUCAACUAAAUUCGCUUUUGGACCGUCUGUCCUCAACAGAACCUCAUUUUGUUCGUUGUAUCAUACCAAAUGAUAAAAAGAAAGCCCAUGACUUUAAUAGAAGCUUGAUCUUGGAUCAACUGCGAUGCAACGGUGUGCUAGAAGGUAUCAGAAUUGCUCGUGAAGGGUACCCCAACCGUAUUUUCUUCAAAGAAUUUUUUCAGCGCUACAAGGUUCUCACAGAUGAAUAUCGGUUCUCUAACAACUCCAAGAAGAACUGCGAAAUAGUCUUGUCAUCUCUUCACUUAGACCCUAGUGUUUUCAAAGUUGGAAACAGUAAGCUGUUUUUUAAAGCGGGCGUUCUAGCUUCCUUGGAAGCGAAGAAGGAGAGCCGAAUCUCUGAUAUGAUGUCUAGGCUUAACGCGAUGAUUAAUGGCUCCAAUGUUAGACGUAGCACAUCCCACAAGCUCAAGAAGCUACAAGCUGCACAGGUUUUAAGUUCGGCAUUCAAGACUUACGACAAUCUCAUGGGCGACCACUGGUUUAAUCUCUACGUUAAAAUAAAACCUCUUCUUGAGUCUACUCAGGAGAUAUCCAAAACACGCAAGAUUGCUGAGCAAGUGAAGAGCCUCGAAUCCAAGCUCAAGAUAGUUGAAUCAAAGAACGAAAAACUGCAGCAGGAAAAGGAGAAUAUAUCUGCAGAACUGAAAGCGGUGAGAGAGAAGCUCGCUGCAGAAACCGAAAACUUGGAAAAGCGUCAAAAUGAUCUACGUCUGGUAGCUUCAAAAGAAGCUGAGCUCAACCUCAAACUUGAAGAGUCCCAAAAAAUACGAGACCAAUUUGCAGCGGAGAAGGAGGCUCUUGAAAAGGCACAUGCAAGCCUACAGGGCGAGCUGACUCGCUCUAAUGAGGAAGCUUCUAAGUCACAUUCAUCUUUCCAAAGUCUGCAAAAUGAGAAGGUUCAACUUGAACAAAAAAUAUCAGAGCUUCGGAAACAAGUCGACAAAAGUGAGCGCUCUCAAAAGAACAUGGACUCCGACAAAAAUGGUCUCCUUGAUCAAAUUAAGCUACUAAAGAGCAGCAUUUCAGAGAAAGAUAGAAUUACCGGCGAACUUAAGGAAAAGCUAUCAGCCUCAGAUAAAGAAUUAGAAAGGAGCCUGCAAGGUUUAGAGAAAAAAUUCACAAGCACAAGCAAAAGACUUACUUCAUUGGUUGAAGAAAACAAAAGUUUGCGAGAGACCGUCGACCGAGCGAAAAAGGAGCAAAAUGAGCUUCAUAAUGGUCUGCAGGCCAAGGAAAAGGAGUUGCGAAGGCUAAAUGAACGCUCAGAUCAAAAUCAGACACUAAUUGCAUCACUAAAUAAAGAGAGGGCUGAUCUUGCAGCAGAGCAUGAAAAGAUAUUGAAUGAAGCCAAAGAGUUAAGGAAGGAAGCUUCGGGCUACAAAAAGAGGUAUCAAGAGCUUGAAGAGACUUGUAGCAGCCUGAAAGACGAUCUAAAGCGUUCCUUGCAAGAACCAAAAUCUAAUAGUGGCGAAGAUGGGGAUUCUAGCGUUGACUUGAAGAAGUUCCAGUCGCUCGAAGAACAACUUGUGAGGGAAAAGUCGCUUACAAAAUUUUUAAACGAGCGGUUAGUGGAUAGCUCUUCAAGUCGCCCUCAAUCCAGAUCUCUUCUUGAGCUGCAAACCGCUCACUCUGUGUCCGGAGAAGAUAUCUACAAAGCCUGUGAUGAGCUCAAGCAAGAGUUGAGAGAGACGUCAUAUCGACUCGAGAAAGAAAUCAAUAAUAAAAAAGAUCUGAUUUCUAAACUUCGGUUUACUGAAACACGUCUAGCUUCUGCCUCUUUUGAAAUACAAACGAUGUCGUCUCAGCUGAAGAAACUCAAAAGCAUUAUCAAUGAUGCUAAUUUGAAUGUGAACUUGGAAGAAGUUUUGGGCCAAAUCGAGCCUGUAGAAAUUAACCACGAAAAACUAAUUCUCGAAGUCGAGUAUUUGAAGGGACAACUUGAAGCGCAAAAAAUCGCAAGGCUCGAUGCUGAAAACGCAGCCUCUGCUUUGCACACGAAAUUUAGACAAAUUCAGAGGUCUGACUCAUCCUCUGACAUCUUCCGGCUUAAGUACGAGGCUAGUGAGCAACGUGUCAAAUCACUGGAAUCUAAAAUGACUGCGUACCCGUUGAGAGACAGAACAAAUACAGCAAGUCGGGAGAUUUUUACUCACAGAGAAAGCAUAUCAAAAUACGAAGAGGACCUGAGGUUUUAUAGGCUGGAAAACUACAAGCUCCAGGACCUUCUUGUUGAGUCCGAAAAACAAAUCAAUGCCUUGAAUAAGUGUGUCAAGAAGAACCAAGCUGACCGAGUCGUCUUGGGCGAACAACUAACUAGGGCAAUGAAAGAUCUUGAAGUCACAGAGCGACAGAAUGCGCUACUAGCAACAAGCAGUAAAAACCACAAGGUUCAGUAUGAAAGCUGUAUUGAUGACCUACAUGCUACUGAGGAACAGCUUAAAGAUGUAAUCCACGCCCUCAGGCAGUCAGAGGAUGACAUUAAGACAAUGACAGCUAUAAUCGAGCGAUUGAAAUCUCAAAACAGGCAGAAGGAUAAACAAUUAUGGGAACUGGAGACACGAAACAAUACUUUGGAGUCAGAGACCGAAGAAAAGGCAAUUGACAACGACAAGCUGUGUUCCAGAAUCCAAGUUUUGACCGAUGACCUGUCACACUUUAAAGAUCGCUUGAGGCUUGCCGAAGAUAAAACUCAGUUUCUCGAAGAAAUCGAAAAAUUAAAAGCGGAUCUUGAUUUGUCACUGAGAGGCGAAACUGAGUUGAAGAAGGAGGUCUCAUCUUUGAAUUAUAGCUUAGAAAGCCUGAAGAUUGAUUCUGACGCCAAAAUCAAUGAUUUGCUAAGCCAGACGAAUCAUUAUGAGCAAGUCGUUGGCUCUUUAAUAGAAGAAAGGGAUGCAGCUAGUGCCAUUCAGAAAGAGUUAGAAGAAAACCUGAAACAUUUGCAGGGCAAAGUUGAGGUUCUCAAUGACUCUAUUAAAAGUCUCUUAGACGAAAAGCGUCAAUUAGAGCAUCAAAAUGACGAUCUGAAAACUCGGCUUGAACAAUCUAAAGCUACUUUUGGCGCCACCGAAAAAGAACGGGAAAAUGCUUUUGGUAAAGUGUCUGCCCUCGAGAAGUCCAUGGAGCUCCAGAGAAAACAAAACGAUAGAAACGAAGCGCUCGUUGAACAACUUCAAGCUUCUGUCUCUGAGGCUAAAUCUCAACUUGCCAUUGAAAAAGAUAAAAAUAUUGUAUUGCAUGAAGAGAACCAGUCAUUUGGUAAGUCGAACAAUCAGUUACGCGAGAGGUUAACAGCCUUAGAAGCCAAACUUGAGGACACUUCUGAAAAGGAAGCAUGGCUUUCGAAGGUUCAAGAGUUGGAGGUUCUGGUGGCCAAAGAGUCCGAUUCAAAGUUCGAGGAGAUGAAACGAGCAAAGUCUUUAGAGCGGACAGUUGCAGAGCUCAAGGCUGUGAAUGAAAAGCAAGCAGAAACCAUUAACAUGGCGAACGACGACAGGCUAGAAUUCUCAAAUGAGCUGUCCGAAAAGAUUGAACGCUUGGCAGCUCUUGAAAAGCAUAUCGCGAAACAGGAGAUUGACAUGAAGAGGAUAGAGCGUGACAAAACAUAUCAAGAUGAGCGCAUACUGCACUUACAAAGCGAAGUUGAGCUUUGGAAAGAGAAGUACAGCGAUCUUUCGACAAGGCGAGAAAAAAUAAGCGUUCACGCGUCUGAAGAAGUUUUCAUAUAG